AGCUUGCUAUAAGUUUUUGGAAAACUUAUUUAAAGUAUCGAAGUUGCAUCUAUUAGAUUCUGGUGAAGCCAUAUAAACCCUUUUAUUGAUAUAUCAUUUCCCUUUGCGUUCCAGCAAACCUUUUAAAAUUUUUUUAAAUUGGAUAUUCCAAAUAUAUCUCAAAUAAGUUUCAUAUAAAGAAUCAUCAAUAUGAGUCGUCAAUUUCCAUACUCAAGUGCUCCACUUCGUUCUGUUAAAGAGGUACAAUUUGGUUUAUUAUCUCCAGAAGAGGUUCGUGCUAUUUCUGUAGCUAAGAUUGAAUAUCCUGAAACCAUGGACCAAUCAACCAAAAAACCAAGAGAAGGAGGGUUAAAUGAUCCAAGAUUAGGUUCCAUCGAUAGAAAUUUCAGAUGUCAAACUUGUGGUGAAGAUAUGACUGAGUGUCCGGGUCAUUUUGGUCAUAUUGAAUUAGCUAAACCUGUGUUUCAUAUUGGUUUUAUUCCUAAAAUUAAAAAAGUUUGUGAAUCCAUUUGUAUGCACUGUGGAAAACUUUUAUUGGAUGAAUCAAAUCCAGCUAUGGCACAAGCUAUCAGAAUAAGAGAUCCUAAAAAGAGAUUUAAUGCUGUUUGGGCUCUUUGUAAACAAAAGAAUGUAUGUGAAACCGAUAUAAAUGAAGAUGGAACUAUAACCGGUAGAGGUGGUUGUGGUCACACUCAUCCUACUAUCCGUAGAGAUGGUUUAAAGUUAUGGGGUACAUGGAAACAAGCAAAAGGUUUCGAAGAAGGAGAACAAGCCGAGAAAAGAAUUUUAACUCCAUCCGAAAUCCUUAAUGUCUUUAAGCAUAUUAGUCCAUUGGAUUGUUAUAGAUUAGGUUUUAAUGAAGAUUAUGCUAGACCAGAAUGGAUGUUAAUAACUGUCUUACCUGUUCCUCCUCCUCCAGUUAGACCAAGUAUUGCUUUCAAUGAUACUGCAAGAGGUGAAGAUGAUUUAACUUUCAAAUUAGCGGACGUUAUUAAAGCCAAUAUAAACGUACAAAGAUUAGAAAUGGAUGGUUCUCCUCAACAUGUUAUCAGUGAAUUCGAGUCUUUACUUCAAUUCCACGUUGCCACAUAUAUGGAUAACGAUAUUGCAGGUCAACCUCAAGCUCUUCAAAAAACUGGUCGUCCAAUUAAAUCUAUCAGAGCCAGAUUAAAGGGUAAAGAAGGUAGAUUAAGAGGUAAUCUUAUGGGUAAGCGUGUUGAUUUUUCAGCUCGUACAGUUAUUUCUGGUGAUCCAAAUCUUGAUUUAGAUCAAGUUGGUGUUCCGAUUUCUAUUGCCAGAACCUUAAGUUAUCCAGAAAUUGUCACUCCAUAUAAUAUUCAUCGUUUAACAGAAUACGUCCGUAAUGGUCCGAACGAACAUCCUGGUGCCAAAUAUGUUAUAAGAGAUACUGGUGAUCGAAUUGAUUUAAGAUAUAACAAGAGAGCAGGAGAUAUCGCUUUACAAUACGGAUGGAAAGUUGAACGUCAUUUAAUGGAUAACGAUCCAGUGUUAUUUAAUCGUCAACCUUCUUUACAUAAAAUGUCUAUGAUGGCACAUAGAGUUAAAGUUAUGCCUUACUCUACAUUCAGAUUAAAUUUAUCUGUUACUUCACCUUAUAAUGCCGAUUUCGAUGGUGAUGAAAUGAAUUUACAUGUCCCACAAUCACCUGAAACCAGAGCUGAAUUAUCAGAAAUUUGUGCUGUUCCUUUACAAAUUGUUUCUCCUCAAUCCAAUAAACCAGUCAUGGGUAUUGUGCAAGAUACUUUAUGUGGUGUUCGUAAAAUGACAUUGAGAGAUAUCUUCAUAGAAUAUGAUCAAGUUAUGAAUAUGUUAUAUUGGAUUCCUAACUGGGAUGGUGUUAUUCCACCUCCUGUUAUCACAAAACCUAAGUUUUUGUGGAGUGGUAAACAAGUCUUAUCUAUGGCAAUUCCAAAAGGUAUUCAUUUACAAAGAUUUGACGGUGGUAAAGAUUUAUUAAGUCCACAAGAUACUGGUAUGUUAAUCGUUGAUGGUGAAAUCAUGUUUGGUGUUGUAGAUAAAAAGACUGUUGGUGCCACAGGUGGUGGUUUAAUCCAUACCGUUAUGAGAGAAAAAGGACCACAAGUCUGUGCCCAAUUAUUCAGUUCUAUCCAAAAAGUGGUCAACUAUUGGUUACUUCAUAAUGGUUUUUCUAUUGGUAUUGGUGAUACAAUUGCUGAUAGUUCUACCAUGAAAACUGUUUCAUCUACUAUUAGAGAAGCUAAACAAAAAGUUCAAGAAAUUAUUUUGGAUGCUCAACAAAAUAGAUUAGACCCAGAACCAGGUAUGACAUUAAGAGAAUCUUUCGAACAUAAUGUAUCUCGUGUAUUAAAUCAAGCUCGUGAUACCGCAGGUCGUUCUGCAGAAAUGAAUUUAAAAGAUAUCAAUAACGUGAAACAAAUGGUUACAUCAGGUUCCAAAGGUUCCUUUAUUAAUAUUUCCCAAAUGUCGGCUUGUGUAGGUCAACAAAUUGUUGAAGGUAAAAGAAUUCCAUUUGGUUUUGCCGAUCGUACCUUACCACAUUUCACUAAGGAUGAUUAUUCUCCAGAAUCAAAAGGUUUUGUGGAAAACUCUUAUUUGAGAGGUUUAACCCCUCAAGAAUUCUUUUUCCAUGCUAUGGCUGGUAGAGAAGGUCUUAUUGAUACAGCUGUGAAGACUGCCGAAACUGGUUAUAUUCAACGUCGUUUGGUUAAAGCCUUAGAAGAUAUUAUGGUUCAUUAUGAUGGUACAACUAGAAAUUCGUUAGGUGAUAUCAUUCAAUUCAUUUAUGGUGAAGAUGGUAUUGAUGGUACCCAAGUCGAAAAACAAUCACUUGAUACUAUUCCAGGAUCCGAUAAGAGUUUUGAUCAACGUUAUCGUAUUGAUCUUUUGGACGCUGAAUCUUCUAUUGCUGAAUCAUUAUUGGAAUCAGGUAAGGAAAUCAAAGGUGAUGUUAAAUUACAAAGGGUUUUGGAUGAGGAAUUUGAACAAUUAUUGAAAGAUCGUAAAUAUCUUAGAGAAGUGUGUUUUCCAAAUGGUGAUUUCAGUUGGCCACUUCCAGUUAAUUUACGUCGUAUUAUUCAAAAUGCUCAACAAAUCUUUCAUAAUGGUAGAUAUAAGGCUUCCGAUUUACGUUUAGAUGAAAUUGUCAACGGUGUCAGAAACUUAUGUACUAAGUUAUGGGUUGUUAGAGGUGAUAGUGAAUUGCAAGUUGAAGCACAAGCAAAUGCAACUUUACUUUUCCAAUGUCUUAUAAGAUCAAGAUUAGCUUCUCGUCGUGUUAUCGAAGAAUUUAAGUUAAAUCAUGCUUCCUUUGAAUGGGUAAUGGGUGAAAUUGAAUCUCAAUUCCAAAGAUCUAUUGUUCAUCCCGGUGAAAUGGUCGGUGUCGUUGCUGCUCAAUCUAUUGGGGAACCAGCAACGCAAAUGACAUUAAAUACUUUCCAUUAUGCCGGUGUUUCUUCAAAGAAUGUUACUUUAGGGGUUCCUCGUCUUAAGGAAAUUCUUAAUGUUGCAAAGAAUAUUAAGACUCCAGCUCUUACAGUAUACUUAGAAAAGGAUAUUGCUGCUGAUAUUGAGAAAGCCAAGGUUGUUCAAUCUGCCAUUGAACAUACCACCUUGAAGAAUGUUACUUCAUCUACUGAAAUUUAUUAUGAUCCAGAUCCAAGAACUACUGUUAUUGAAGAGGAUUAUGAUACCGUUGAAGCAUAUUUUGCUAUUCCGGAUGAAAAAGUAGAAGAAUCUAUAGCUAACCAAUCACCUUGGUUACUUCGUUUGGAAUUAGAUCGUGCUAAGAUGUUAGAUAAACAAUUAACUAUGGCCCAAGUUGCUGAAAAGAUUUCUCAAAACUUUGGUGAAGAUUUAUUCGUUAUUUGGUCUGAUGAUACUGCUGAUAAAUUGAUUAUUCGUUGUCGUGUGGUUCGUGACCCAAAGAUGGAUGAAGAAGCUGAAUCAGAAGAAGAUCAAAUUUUAAAGAGUAUUGAAUCUCAUAUGUUAGAUAAUAUUUCAUUGAGAGGUAUCGAAGGUAUUACUAAGGUUUUCAUGAUGCAACAUAAGACUAGUACUCCAGAUGAAACGGGUGAAUUCAAACAAGGUAAAGAAUGGGUUUUAGAAACCGAUGGUGUUAAUCUUUCAGGUGUUAUGGCCGUCUCAGGUGUCGAUGCCAGUAGAACUUACUCCAAUAAUUUCAUUGAAAUUCUUUCUGUCCUUGGUAUUGAAGCUACUAGAUCCGCAUUAUUCAAAGAAAUUCUUAAUGUUAUUGCUUUCGAUGGUUCUUAUGUUAAUUAUCGUCAUAUGGCUCUUUUGGUUGAUGUUAUGACUUCUCGUGGUCAUCUUAUGGCUAUUACUCGUCAUGGUAUUAAUAGAUCUGAUACUGGUGCAUUAAUGCGUUGUUCUUUCGAAGAAACUGUUGAAAUCUUACUUGAAGCUGGUGCAGCUGCUGAAUUAGAUGACUGUAGAGGUAUUUCUGAAAAUGUGAUGUUGGGUCAAAUGGCUCCAUUAGGUACUGGUUCAUUCGAUGUUAUGGUUGAUGACAAGAUGUUACAAACUGCUCCAUCUAAUGCUCCUAUCGUUACCGGUAAUGAUGUAUAUGUUGAUGACGGUGGAAGCACUCCAUAUAAGGAUUACAACAUGGAUGAUGAUACUGUUCAAUAUGAAGAAGGUGGAGGAUUUUCUCCAAUUCAUACUGCUCAAGUUCUGGAAGGUAUGGGUGGUCUUACUUCUUAUGGUGGUGCUACUUCUCCUUCAGCUACUUCGCCAUUUGCUUAUGGUGGUACCUCACCUUCAUUUGGUGGUACUUCACCUGGUUAUGGUGGAACUUCUCCAGGCUAUUCUCCAACUUCGCCAAGUUACUCACCAACUUCCCCAUCAUACUCUCCAACAUCUCCAUCAUAUUCUCCAACUUCUCCAAGUUAUUCUCCAACUUCACCAUCAUAUUCACCAACUUCGCCAAGUUACUCUCCAACUUCACCAAGUUAUUCUCCUACAUCUCCAUCGUACUCUCCAACAUCUCCAAGUUAUUCUCCUACAUCUCCAAGUUAUUCUCCUACAUCUCCAUCUUAUUCUCCAACUUCACCAUCAUACUCACCAACCUCACCAUCAUACUCCCCAACUUCUCCACAAUACUCACCAACCUCACCUUCAUAUUCUCCAACCUCGCCACAGUAUUCACCAACAUCUCCUAGUUAUAGUCCACACUCUCCACAAUACUCACCUGAAGAUGGUACUAAGCAUGAUGAUGAUGAAGACAUUGAUUAAUCUUUUAGUUGUUUAUACAUAGAUUAGUGAAAAAAAAAUAGUUUAAUGAUAAAUAUAUAUCAAUUGUAAUAUAUCAAUCGCUAAACUGUAGUUCAUUGCUCUAUUUUUUGCAACACUUUUUUG